CAUAUCUCAGGACCUACUGGACAUAGUUAAGUAAGUGACCCCUCGUUGGACUCCUUUUCACCCACACUAUAACCCAGUGUAUGAGGUUUAGUGUGCGUGAAUGGGCUGACAGUUUUCCAUUUAAAGAAAGAAAUCUGAAUUCUAUUAGGAGAGCAAUUACAGAUCAGUGAUCCGUUUAGUUGGUUAUAGGAUCUAUGGCAACACUGGAAGGUGGGGAGACCGUUACACACAACAAAGGCACCUUUUUUUGCCUUCUAAUCCUAGCUUAAUAGAACCAGCAGAAUAGAAGAAGAUAAAACCCAGGAUAAAUCACUCCUGGGAGAGAUCGGAGAUGUCAGCACAGCAUUGUUAUUUCUAUCAGAUGGCCAAGGUUGUUUUUGCCCUCGGGAUUAUUACAACAUUGAGCAUUCUUUGGCUGCUCCAAGCUUCUCUGGACAAACCGCAUAACAUCAAAUUAUCCUACUCUCAUAUCCCAUCUGUAGUUACAGUAAAGAUAAUGGACUCACAAACACAAAAUCCCAACAGUGAGAAGAAAGAUGAGAAAAGCAGCAAAGUGGACGACAUCUGCCCUGUAUUUCAGCUGAUUCCAAAUAAAAGCACCUCACAUGAGUCGUCUUGCAAGAGAGCGCAAUUUCUUCCAGGUUCUUGUAAAUUAAUGAAAACAAUUUUUAAAGAAGAACCCGCCAAUUGUUCCCAUCAGCCUACUUAUAUUAUUUGCAAGCUUUCAAACCCCAAAAAAACGUAUGUGAUGUGCCAUCAUGAUAUCUGUAAGAAGCUCUCUGAUGUAUCAGUUGGUUUAUACAUCUCUAAGAUGGGCAAAUAUGUAUGGCACAAACUAAAAUCAACUCAAGAACUAGAAGUGUUCAUCAAUUCUAAGCUGCUUGAAGACUACCCCUUACAGGAGCCACAUAAUGGAUUCUGUGUAAUUCAGUGUACUAACACAGCAGGACUGUAUGUUUCCCAACUCCUCAUCUUACCACCUAUUCUACACACAAGAAGGCAGCAGAAAAAUAUGCAUAGUAAUAGAUCCUUGUUAAAUAUUAAUAUUUUAUUAUUAGAUUCUGUUUCCAGGCAUCAUUUUUAUAGGUCUUUGCCAAGGACAAUUGAAGAAUUCAGACACCUAAAUAAAGAGUAUUUUACAAGUGGUCAUGUUUAUGAUUAUGAACUCAUUCAAGGGAUUAGGAGUCGGACAUUGGAAUCGCUUCAAGCUCUCUUUGGAGGUGGCAAAAAUGUCCUUCCCUUGGUUGAUGCUUUAAAAGAGAUUCAUCGUAUUGUGGAUAUCCAUGAAACCCUUGGGAAAUUUAAAGGCUUUGGCUAUGAGACCCUGUAUGUUGAAGAUUUGUGCUGGGAGUAUGAGUGGGGUCUUGUUAAAGAGCAAGGGGCAUUAAAUCUAUCUGCCCCCUAUCAGGAGCGUGUAAAGCUAUUUAAUGAAGCUAUUCAUAGGGCUGGAAUAGAUCGUAUAGAUGUUACCUACAGCAGCUGUUUAAUUCUUAGGGCGAACAGAGUGAAGAAUCAGUUUCAUGGCUCAGCGUCUAUCUGCUACAAUGGUAUCCACCAGCACACCUAUCUUAUUCAAUACAUGGAGUAUUUUAUAAGUCGUUUCUCAAGUCUACAUAAGCCAACAUUCACUUUCAUGAUACUAGACACAGGCCAUGAGGACACUGGCAUUAGGAUAAAGCAAUUGGACAAAGAUCUAGCUGCACAUGUCUCCUUUUUGGCGCAUCAGGAAAAUACAAUAUCCUUCAUUCUUUCUGAUCAUGGGAAUACAUAUGGGGAAUUUCUUUCAGCAUCUCCAGAGUUCCAUGUGGAAAUGUUCCACCCUUUUCUUUUUGUGAUUGUACCGGAUAGUACAUUCACAAUCUUAGGAGAGGCAAAAAUGAAGGCACUGCAAGUAAACCAGAAAAGACUAAUCAGCCUCCUUGACGUCCAUUAUACUUUUUUAGGCCUUCUUCCUUCAUUGGAAUAUCCUGUAAACGGUGAUGGCCUGCUGAGUCCAGUUUCUCUAUCUAGAACAUGUAAAGACAUCCCAAGACUAUACCCAAAUAUAUGCAUAUGUCAAGGAUCCUAUAGAAUGGAGGCAAACUCUUCCUAUUAUGCAUUAUUUGCAGAAUUUGCUUUGGGUUAUAUGAAUAAGAGGAUUAUCGAACAGAGGAGUAAUAGCAGCAAAUCAUGUGACAGACUUAUUGCUACUAAAUUUACUGAUGUGAAAAUCAGCCCAGAGGAAGGAUCUGGUGACAUUAUAAUCUUGAUGGAUCUUCACAUCAUGUCUCCACAAAGAACAACAUAUGAAACGGAGAGGUUCACGGUCACAAUGCUGUUUGGUUUGGCAGCCCAGAGAGAGGGAAUACUGUUCCUAGGCUAUAGCCGGCUGACCCCCUUCAGUGCAUAUAAGCAAUGUGCAGACCCUGCUGUUGACCUUCAAUUGUGCAUUUGUGAAACACAUUCUGCAUACAAAAACAUAACUACUGAAUAUAAUGAUAGUGAAUUAGAAUCUGUGUCCUGGACUAAGACAUAUGUAACCAGAGUUCAUAAACCAUGUCUUUACCUAAAGACAAGAAAGUAUGCUGAAGGGGUCGUGCUCUUGAUUUCCAAUGCUUGCUCACAUAGAAAGUACAGCAUCAUGUUUAACUUUCUGAGUAAAAAUCUGUAUUCUUCCAACAAGAUGCCUGUCAAACAGAUUGUGGAACCUGAUACAGAAAGAUUAUUAGUAACUGGCAUCAGGAGAGAAGAUAAUCUACCUUGGAAAUACAAGUACAAACUCACAUUUAAAGCAGCUACCUUAAGAAAUAGAAAAAUGUAGCUAAAUGUUGUAAACGUAAUAAACACCUUACCUGUCUUUUUUGUUUCUUAUUAAAGGAACACUCCAUGUAACACUGA